GUCUCAGUCCAUCAGGAUCAUCACAUCUCUCUCUGCUCUCUUUGUCUCUCUAUCAUUCAUUCAUUCAUUCUUUCAUUCAUCCAUUCAUCCAUUCAUCCAUUCAUCCAUUCUCUGUGUGAAUCAUGUCCAGUUUGGGUCUCCUGUCUGUUUAUCUGAGUGGAGCUUCACUGAUCCUCCUGCUGAGUGCUGUGUCUGAGGCUCAGUAUUAUGAACUCUCGCCGGCUCCAGACUACGACGACUACAACGCCACCUUCGAGUACAGCUUCUACAGUAACACCAGCAGCGAGGACCUGGACAAGUUCAGCGAACGGUUCAUCGAUGAAGAGGAAGCCGAAGAGGAGGACACAGGGGGCCAACGGGAGGAAGAGGAUGUGACUGUUACCAUGACAACGACUCGAGGAACUACAGAGCAGGGCGAGGUCGACGGUCGCAGCGCUGCAUCACUUUCUGUUUCUCUGGAAAUCAGGACACUCGUCUGGACUCUGAUGAUCCUGAUCAGCCUGAACAUGCAGCAGCUACAACACACACUGUGAUGGCGGACACACACACACACUCAGCAGCUGAUGUCGGAUUAGUUGGAUCCUGCAGAAACCAGCGCGGGUCACCUGAUCUGAGGUGGGAGGAGUCACCCGUGUGACCUUUGACCUCUGCCGAGAGCCUCAACGUGGGUUUACAGGUGGACCUCAGCCAAUCACAGAGCUUUAUCAGCACCACAGUACACAGUCACAGACUCUUCUUCUUCAUUCUUCUAUAUCUGAUCACACUGUUUCACUGCUUUACCUGAGUGUAUGAGACCAAACAGGACCGAGAUUAUACAUAUAUAUAUGUACAUAUAUAUAUAUACAUUAUAUAUAUAUAUGGUGGUAAUCUGUAUGAAUAUGGAAGUUCAUUAAUGACAAAACUGUUGAGUAAGAGCACAAUAAAAUCAGGCUGUAAUAAAGCUGGACAAGUAAUUCACAGAGAAAAAUACAAGCAAAUCAAUUUAAAAAAUAAGCCAAAGCCAAACUUGACAAAUGUGAGUUUUAACAAUUCCUUCUGAUAAAUUAAUUAUUUUCUAUCACGUCAGUAAUUCUGUUCGUGUCAGCCUACAGUACACACUCGUCUGCUGAGCGUCCAGCAGCGAUUACAGCUCAACUCUCCAGAUUCUAAGUAACUGGAGACUAAACUUUAUAUUUCUACGCCUCAUAGAUCAUAAACCCUUUAAUAUAAUAACGACUCGUUGAAAUCGGUUGAGAAAUGUAGACGUUAGAGUGCUUUUUAUCCAGAAAAACGGCAACUCCACCGUUCACCAGUAUCUAGGGUUACAAACCAGUCUUGCCCGGUCCAAUAUGGCGUCCACGUUGACGGUAACGGGCUGAAGCGUCCAAUGUGGCGUCUACGUAUAUAUGUCUAUGGCAACAAACCCAGUGCAUUCUGGGUUUUAAAGAGAAAGCCACCGCCCUUUCCUCUGUUUCCUCAUCAUGUCUACUGCCUUUCCAACGGUGAAAUACUUCUUUACGUUUGGCUCGAUGUUCCUGUGGUUACUCACUUCCUGCUUCUCACCUGAUAUAUUUUUGUUAUGAAAAGUACACUCUUCCAAUAAUACUUGUUAUACUGCAGUCGGACUACAACACCUGAACCUGACACGUCAUGCUUUACCUGCAGAACCAGAUUUGUCGUUAAUGAACUUCCAUAAAUCCACCUUCAGUUUAUUUAUGUUAAAGUGUGACGGUGCUGUUACAGUCAGGUUAUAUUAUAUAUAUAUACGCUGAAACACACAGAAAGAAGAGAACGGGAUUUCUUCUUUCUCUGUUUUUUUUAUUUAAUCUGUAAAAACAUUUCACAGAGUUUCACUGUGAGUCAAACAGCACUAAAUCAGUUUAUCGUCCUGAGAGAAAGGAAGUUAAAUAAUGCGCUCUGCUUCUCAGUAAACCAGAUUGAAUCAAGUUUAAACUUCCGGCACACAAGGAGGAAGCAUUUGUCCCCGUCGAAUUAAAAAUCGGUGGAAAUAUUUCUGCUUCCAUCUGGUUGAAUGAAGCGUUUAAAACGUUUAAAACGUUUAAAACGUUUAAAGCAUUUAAAACGUUUAAAAUGUUUAAAAUGUGUUUCUGUAAACAGACAGAGAAGUAUUUUUAUGAGCACCUUCAGAGAAAUAAGUUAAAGUUUUAGAAUAUUACAUAAAUUAACAGAAAUUCUGUUUAAUUAAAACACAUUUUGGUUUGAUACCAGAACAUUAGAGAACUUCCAGAACAAUCAGAUUUUUAUAUGUUUGUCUUUUGCAAUAAAAUGUAUGAAAACAA